AGCGACUCUCGUCAAUGGCAUAUUCCCUGGACCCUUGAUUGCAGCCCAGAAGGGAGAUAACUUUUCCAUUCAGGUAGUCAACGAGCUCACAGACGAGACGAUGUUCAAGAGUACCAGUGUCCACUGGCAUGGUAUCUUCCAAAAUGGGACGAACUACGCCGACGGGACAUCCUUCGUCACACAAUGUCCGAUUGCACAGAACAACUCUUUUACUCACAACUUCUCCGCCCCGAACCAAGCAGGUACUUACUGGUAUCACAGUCAUUACUCCGUCCAAUAUUGCGAUGGUCUGAGAGGAGCCCUGGUUAUCUAUGACCCUGAUGACCCUUUGGCAUACAUGUAUGAUGUCGACAAUGCAAGUACCGUAAUCACACUUUCCGACUGGUAUCACGUUGUAGCCCCUGUCUUGCGCCACAUCAUAGGUACCGACGCCAACUCUUCGCUUAUCAACGGACUGGGUCGUUAUGCAGGCGGACCCGCGUCUGACCUGGCUGUGAUCAACGUCGAACAGGGAAAGCGAUACCGCAUGCGACUGGUCGCAAUGUCCUGCGACCCUAAUUUCAAUUUCACCAUCGAUGGCCACAACUUCACCAUCAUCGAAGCGGAUGGACAGCUGACCGACCCACUACCUGUAGAUCAACUCCAGAUUCUUGCGGGUCAGCGCUAUUCUGUGGUUCUGGUAGCCAAUCAGCCGGUGGAUAACUACUGGAUACGCAGUCUUCCUAGUUUGGCGGGUGCAUCCUUCGAAGGAGGAACGAACUCUGCUAUAUUGCGUUACCAAGGCGCCCCGCAGGUCGACCCGACCACGGUCCAGACGACAAUCCAGAACCCAUUGGUAGAGACCAACUUACAUACUCUAAUAAAUCCCGGUGCUCCUGGCAUUCCAGGGUACGGGAACGCAGAUAUCAACCUCGACCUCCAGAUUACCUCUCUCGGCGGAUUCUUCUCUGUCAAUAAUGCCACAUUCGAACCACCCACCGUUCCUGUUCUACAACAAAUUCUCAGUGGUGUAGAUCCAUUUAAUCUACUUCCAAACGGGAGUGUGAUCCCUCUAAAAGCCAACCAAGUGGUGGAGUUGACAAUGAAAAUAGUAUCUGGUCCAGGUGGACCCCACUCAUUCGAUGUCGUACAGAGCGCAGAAAGUAGUACCUUCAAUUAUGUAAACCCAGUUCGCCGUGAUGUGGUAAGCGCUGGUACUGCGGGGCAACAGAUGGUGAUACGAUGGACGACCGACAAUUCUGGCCCGUGGUUCUUGCAUUGCCACAUUGACUGGCACCUCGAUGCCGGUUUUGCCGUAGUAAUGGCGGAAAGCCCUUCAGAUACCGCUGCACAUGUGAACCCCGUACCACGUAGGUCAUAUUUCAGGAGACAGCAUUUCUAUGGCUGA